AAUGCAGCACGGAUAAUCCUUCCUAGAUUCGUUAUUACACGAAUACGACACAUGCCAUGUUCUUCAUGUGUGAGUCUCCCUCGGGUUAGGUAGAGGACCACGGUGCACGGAGUUGCGACGGCAAAUCUGCCCCCGGAACGUCUCCAGAGACUCUUUUGGGUUGACACUUGCAACACACCUCUCACAACAGCUUCUCAAAAAUGACAGCUAUGCCUCAUUCUGUUCCCGCUAUGCGCGGCACUUGGCCGCGAUUCAGGCUGUCGCUGUUCACGUGUCAGCGAAGGUUGGCGUGUAGCCAAAGCAAAGUCAAGACAGAAUGCCCCAGCAAAGCUGCAGCGACUUUAUCGUUAUCAUCGGCGCAGUUCUGGAGGUCUUCGCCCACGUGGAAACGAGCAGGUAUCAAUACGUUGCGGUGUCUUGUUGGCUGCACAGCUGGCGACUUUUCAGCUAUGUGGUACUUGCAAUCGUUCCAUGGAGACCUCGGACUGUCGACAAUCAUGGCUCUAUCCAUGGCCUCUGGCAUUACCACAUCGUUGGUUCUUGAAACUGCUUUGCUUCGGCUGGGUCGCGACCGCCUACCUUGGGUUGCUGCUGCAAAGACGGCAGCAGGCAUGAGCAUGAUCUCCAUGAUAACAAUGGAGGCUGCUGAGAACGCUGUCGACUACCAUCUCACGGGAGGCAUGGUCCAGUUCGAUUCACCCGCUUUCUGGGGUGCGGCUCUUGCAUCGGUGGCUGCAGGGUUCCUGGCUCCACUCCCUUACAACUACAUUCGACUGCGAAAAUAUGGCAAAGCAUGUCAUUGACGUUAGAGUGAUACAUCUCUUGGUGUGUACGCUGACACUUCUAUGACAAAGAUCGAGCAUCCUAAGGAACGUUUGACCUUUUCAAGUAGUGCUUUCUUCAACGGGUGGGACGUCACUUUAGGUUGAAAAGGAAAAGGUACGUGCAUGGAGCACUCCAGUGAUUUAUAUCGCAGAAUACCAAGCUAUCUCCCAUACACGCGUGGUUGACGUGGAUCGGGACUAAAAUCGUUGUCAUAUCAUGCUCGAAAGACAUUGGAACUGUACUUGUAUGGACUUGCGAAGUGCAUUCCAGGAGUGCCUGGGUAGUUAGUCUAAGUCCUAGCCCUCGUAAACGAUCUUGUACGUUGUCCA